AUGUCUCCGCUUCCUUGUUCCGUUAUUGUGUGUACGGUGGGAACUGAGUCGGGACUGUGGAUGGGAGACGAUGCAGGCGUCUUGCACACGUUAGACCAGGACUUUCAGCUGAAGUCUCUGAAGAGCUUCGACAUUUGCUUUGUUGCAAUGCAUGCCGCCGUGUCGGCGAGCUCCAUUGUAUGUAUUGGGCGAGAUGCCCCUGCCGAAAAACCAGGCAAUGUGGGUGCUGCAGUGGAUAGCUCCGGACAAAACGACGACUCGCGUAUUCGUCAAGGGAUCCUGAAGUACAAAUGCUACAGCACAACUCAACUGGACGCCAAGGGGAAUCCUGUCCUUCUCCGGGAAGCAGGGCUUUUUUCCAAAAUUCCAGAACAAGUUUUCGUGUGCUCUGACAUCAAUUCGAACUUCACUAUGUUGGCCGUUGGCACUGAGACUGCGGGCGUUUGCCUCUUCCGCGGUAACUUGUUGAAGGAAAAGACCUGCCGGUUGCGACUGAUGAGGGAGAACGAUGAACGUAUUGUUAGCGUGCGUUUCCUGACAUCACCGUCGGAUGCCAAAAUCCACUAUAUGCUUGUGUGCUACGCAAGCUCAAUAACUUGUUACGCUGUUCCGCUCAAGGGAGAGCCCAAGGUUUGUCUUUGCUCGUCUUGGGGAAUUCCUACAUAA